AUGUCUUUUGAGAGAAAGCAAAGAAAACUAAACGAAAGAAGUGGUUUCAAUGCAUCGGAAAGAUAUGAUUACUUAGAGAAACUGAUUCAUGAGUACAAUGUUAGCAAUUCAAAGGAAGCCAAGAGACAGGUGUUGGCAAAUUUGGCCAGUUUUGCAUACAAUCCCAUCAACUUUAAAGCAAUCAAUAAUCUUAAUAUAACUACAGUUUUAUUGGAUUCAAUCAAUGAAAAAGAUAUAAAACUAAGAGAGUUUGCUAUCAGUGGUCUGUGUAAUCUUAGUGCAGAGACGGGUAGUCCAUCCCAUUUGGCGAUCGCUAAACAGGUCCGCUCUCGAGAUCCUUGCAAUUGA